GUUAGAGACUGAAAGAAAAGAGCGGAAAUUGCAAAAGGAGGCGCAGCAGGCUCAGAGGGCUCGCAUGGCCCGGGCGAAGAAACUGUCUGAGGAUGACAGGGAGGCCAUGGCGGCAGAUCUGCGAUCAGGUCAGACUGGGCAGGACAUUGUCAUCGAUGGCGUCUGCUUCAGCGAGGACCCGACUCUCCCAGACCCCUCAUUCACAUUUGUAUACCCUGAAAGCAGGCUUACAGCUGAUGAACUUGAUGACAUUAUUCAUUACAUGGGAAGGGAUUUUGCCCAGGGCAACCCACUUCUCAAGGCUCUCCACCGUGGUGUGGGCAUCCACCAUGCGGGCCUCCCCAAGAAGUACAGGCAGGCGGUGGAGGUUCUCUUCCGCUGCCGCCACCUCAGGGUAGUGGUGGCCACAGGCACGUUGGCCUAUGGCAUACACAUGCCGUGCCGGACAGUGGUGCUGAGUGGCGACAGUGUGUUUCUGAAUGCGCUCAACUUCCAACAGAUGGGCGGACGCGCAGGGCGCAGGGGGUUGGAUGACAUGGGCCAUGUCGUUUUCUACGGCACCCCUUCGCACAAGAUCCACAGGGUCAGGAGGUCUGCUUUGCCAAAUAUGAAGGGCCAGUACCCAUUGUCCGUGUCCCUUACCCUCAGACUCCUGGUGCUGCACCGUGAGCUUGGGGUGCCCUUGACUGCAGGAACGCUGGCAGGGAAACGAGCUGGGGACAAGGAAAUGGCCACGGCCUCGAUGCUGGGCCUGCUGCAAAGCCCAUUCUUCGCACAUGUACAACCACAUCUGGGCCAGCAGCUGCAACACACAUUCCGGUUUGGCCUCCAGUACCUGCAAAAUCAUGGGUUGAUCAAUUCUGCAGGGGAGCCCACCGGCCUGGCGCCCUUGGCCACCCACCUGUUCUGGACAGAACCUUCCAACUUUGCUUUCUGCUGCUUGCUCAAUGCUGGUAUUCUGGACGAGAUCUGCGAAAGGUGCGGCGGCGACUGGCCGAUCCUCGUGGAGGAGCUGCUGGUCGUGCUGGCCCAUCUCUUCUGCGUCGUGCCCCUCCGGCUGGCCGCUCCCGACGUGCCCGCCCUGCAGCGCGCCCUCCGCGGCGCCUCACCCUCCAAGGUUGUCCUGCCCCCCAUGCCCCACCGCGCCCGCCUCGCCCUGGAGGCCCACGACAAGGCCGCCUUCCGCUCUCUCAGGCAGUGCAUCCAAUCCUACGCCGACGCCCAUCCCGAAAUAGGAGGCGAUGAGAGACCCCAUUCGCUGCCCCUGUCCGGCGUGACUGUCUCCAGAUCGCCAAGGAGCACCGCUGAUCGCAUCCCAAAGCCGUGGAUGGCUCUGGAGGCGGCCAGGAUCCAUUUCUCGGCCUGUUCCCCCUUUGCGGCGCUCUGCGGCGCUGGCGACGACUUUCAGAAUCUGGGAGAGCUGAUGCGGUGGACGUCGCGGCGCAUCGUGGUGCACCCGACGUCGCUGCCGCUGUCCCGCACGCCGGUGGACUUCCGCGGCCUGCCCGUGGCGAUCAACGCCUACGCGCUGGACUACUUCAAGCACCGGCAGAAGCAGGCGCUGGUGCGGGCCAACGGCCUCAUGGAGGGCACCGCGUGGGAGCAGUUGAAGCAGUUCUCUAGCGUCCUGUCGGCCAUUUCCGUGGCGUUGUCGGCCGGGCAGGUCGGCGGUGGUGCGGUGAGCCAGGUGGCGCGAGCCAUGGACCGCCUCAGCAGGGAGUUCAGAGAGGCGUUUGAGGCGUUCAACAGCCCCCACUCCAACGGUGGCCACGGGGCCUAG